CUCUCUCUCUCUCUCUCGAUCGAUCUCGAUCGAUCGACAAUGGCGGGACUGGGUCUUUUCCACACGGACUGCGAGUCGAUACUGUCGGAAAUCAAGCACCAAGAGAAGCAGCUCGCGCUCAAGCGAAGGUGGUUGAUGGGGUUACCACUGUCCAAGUCAGAGUUAAAGCAUUUAGAAGGGCCGGAGUUUUUAAAGAAAAAGGUCCUGCGUGAAUCGAUGCUCAGAGAAGAUGAUAUAUUCUAUGAGACUGCAAAGAUGCAUGUUGAAGAAGCUAUCUUAUCGCAUGAUAUGGAAGAAGGGUGCAGUGGUGUUCCAGAAAAUGUUAAUUCGUCUGACAUGCCUAAUAUGCUAAAGGAAAUUCUACCUCAUCUCAAUGAUAUGACCAAUAAGGGCCUUUAUAAUCUUGCCAUGAUAGUUACUAGGGGGUCUGUCGAGUUUGACAAAACUCGCUGGAAGAUGAAGAAACUUAUUAGGGAAACUGCCCGUAGAGUAUAUCAUGUUGAAAAGAACACUCAAUGGGAUAAUGAUACAGUAAAGAAGCUCUAUCAACUUUUUAAUGGUCCACGGAAUUUCCGAGGAAACUGUCUGAAUCAUUUAGCUCCUGCAUCUCAUUCUCAAAGGGCAGCAGCUUUGAAGCUUCUGGGUAGACUUGAGGAACUUUCUACACCGGCUCUGAUUGCAAUGUAUAGGAAACUAAGACAGGUACAGGGGAGAGUUCCUCGGUUGGAGCCCUUCAAAAAUGGACGGAGCCGAGAUGAUCUGAUCAGUAAAGUGAGGAAAACUAGUAGAAACAUGUUGCUGGAUCUUGGUUCCAGAGAUUUUCUACCAGAACCACUAGCUAAAGCAAUGGCUAUAGCGGUAUUAUCUUUAAAGCUAGCAUCAGGCCUUCAAAGUUCCGUGGGAACAGAAUUCUACCAAUUUUCUUCAGAAAUUAGAAGUUUGCAGGAUGACAUUGUGAAGGCUGUUUCGCUACUGAACUCAAAAGUUAGAUUCCAGGAGCUGAAAGUUUUGCAGUCACUGUUGGACCCCAGUGCUAAAGUCUCAAAUGGUCGUCUACGAACAGCAGUCAAAAGCAUUUUGACUGAAUAUCUAUUUGAAUGCUCUGAUUUGGAUGUGAUCCCAAGGUCUUUAUUGGAGUGUCUGGCUUUUAUUAACAGGAAUUCUCGAACUGCACCGCCUUCACCCUUUCUUAAGGAGGAAGUCGAAGAAGAAGUAGAAUGCAUUUUGGUUGUUAGUGCCCAUAUGAAGCAGAAUGUCUGGGAUUUGCUUCCUGAAAUUGGGUAUCAUACAGAUUUCGCUAAUGCUUAUAUGGAGGAGUUGGAAGAAAGUGAUGAGGACGCCAACUCCGAUUAUGAAGAUGAGAGACAUACAAGAAUAUUAAAUAGUGGAAGUUCUGACAACAUUGAUUCAUUGUUUCCAGUGGAAGGUACUGGAGAGUCUAUUACUGAUAGCUCCAAUCUGCCUCAUAGUAAUAUUAAGGCUGAUGAUGGUUCCCCCAGUCACACCCCAGGGAAAGUGUUUUACAGUGCUGCUGCUAUUAAAUCUGAGCCAGAUAUCUCGCCCAGUAUUGCCUACACUGCUGCUUGGUAUAGCAGUCCUUCCUUGUUAUUCCAAGACUUAAAGAGUUCUGAACGCUUGAAUAGCAUGGAUAUAGAUAGUUCAAAGCCAUCGAGCAACUUUAGUGCUGCUAAAACAUAUGCCGAUGGUCCCUUCGCUUUGCUGUCACCCAAUGCAGGGUGUGCAAAGUCUCUUGAGAGACACAAAGCUGAAGACGAUGAACUGAAGAAUCAACAAUGGGAUGUCUCGAACAGUCCAAGCACUUUCAUAAAUCGAUACCUUGCUGUCCAGGAAGCUUGUGACGAAACAAGUAUAAUUGCCUAUAAUUUGGUAGGUUAUAUAUUGGAAGAAUUUGCUCAAAGAGAAGGGUUUAAUCUAGUAAUGAACGAGAGUUCAUAUCUGGGACGUGAUCAAUCCAAUGAAGAAGGCCAUGAAGAAAAGAAGGAUUCUAGUCAUCACAAGGGCUCCGAAGAUUUUGUCAUCCAUAGAGCACUCGAUAAUCCAGCUCUGUGCCUCAAUAAGAGUGUGAUGGAAAGAUUGAAGGAGUUCACAAGCAUUCCUUAGACGUCUACUCUCAAUGGGAAAGGGAUCAUAUCCUCGUUCCUCAAGUAAGCUCUGGAAUCCUGCUUGAAUUAAGCUUCAUAGUUAAUUGCUGCAUAUGAUGGGAGUCGAAGACUUUUCCUCCUUGGGGAAUUAUCUGGGGAACGAUGAGAAGACUUGCAAAAAGCUGACAUGCCUCAUGGAUGAAAUGGAUGCUAUGAAGCAGUUAGUUUUCCUGAUACCAUGAUUUGGAUUAAUAUGCCUCAGUUUGGAAGGUAUAAGUCUUCUGGUUGUGGACAUAACUUCUCUGUUGGCACUCACAUGACCUAUUUGGCAAUAUGAUUCUAAGGGCAAAUGAAUUGCAAGAGUCAGCCUGUCCACAUGGGACACAUUCAUCUAUGUCGAGCCGACCUCACUGUGAGCUGUGGAUGAUGUCCCCUCCCUCUAAUGAGUGAUGUGGAUGAAAGGAAUUAUCAACUCCUAUCCAAGAGCCAAGAGAAAAGGAGCUCUGCAAAUAGGGUUCUUUGUUCAGAGACGGAAUGUAAGUUUGUGAAAACAAGAGCACUCUAUUAUUAGCAAUCAGAUCGCUCUGUGCUUCCUGAAGUUCGGAUGAUGAUCGCUCUACACCGAUGUAUUGUUAUUCUUUGGUCCUGAUGGUCAUGGUAAUUCCAUUUUGGAAAUGUUACCGCAAUCUGUAUCUAUCAUUUAUAACCCACCUGGCACUAACGACUGCCAAGCAUAGGUUUGCCCUCGAAAGGACCGCAAAACAAUGUUAAUGAAUACAUAAUUUAAAUUCCUCUUCCUGACUUGUUAAUGCAAUUGAUCCCUCUCAACGCCAUGGUAUCCUGUAGUUUCAUUUCUCUCUCUUCUUUGGCUUGAAGGGUACUCUUGGCUGUCGUCUUGAUUGACACAGUAUGUCCUUCAAUUAAUUUUUGCCAUUGUAGCUUUAA